CGCCGCGCGUGUCCUGCCGCGGACUUUGGCCGCAGACUUUGGCGGGGACUUUGGCGGGGAAGAUGAGGAGAAAAGAUGUCCUGAACAUCCAGCUGUAGUCCAACUCCAUGACGUCCUGCAGCAAGAAGAAGAUGAAAGUCUGUCCUUCUGGGCCGGAGGAGCGCAGGAGACUGCCGCUGGAGACACUUCAUUCUGGGCCGGAGGAGCGCAGGAGACUGCCGCUGGAGACACUUCAUUCUGGGCCGGAGGAGCGCAGGAGACUGCCGCUGGAGACACUUCAUUCUGGGCCGGAGGAGCGCAGGAGACUGCCGCUGGAGAGACUUCCUCCACCCGCCAACUCCAACAAGCCGCUCACACCUUUCAGCAUCGAAGACAUUCUUAACAAACCCAACUGCAAGAAGAAAUCUUCUUCUUCGUCUUCUUCUUCUUCUUCUUCUUCCUCCUCCUCGUCUUCUUCUUCCUCUUCCUCUUCGGGCGGUCCGCCGACCUUGUUGCAAAAGUUGUCCGCUUCGCAUGCGGCCCGCGGCGGCCUCAGCUCGCCCUCAUCGCCGCUGUGCGCUCUGGAAGAACUUGCUAGUAAAACUUUCAAAGGACUUGAAGUCAACGUCAUUCAAGCCGCUCAAGGUGGCGAGCAGCUGACGUGUUUGGGCCAAAGACAGAACUCCAAGAAGAGGAGAAAGUCCCGGACGGCCUUCACCAACCAUCAGAUCUACGAGCUGGAGAAGCGCUUCCUGUACCAGAAGUACCUGUCCCCCGCGGACCGGGACAACAUUGCGCAACAGCUGGGCCUCUCCAACGCCCAGGUCAUCACGUGGUUCCAGAACCGGCGCGCCAAGCUCAAGCGGGACUUGGAGGAGAUGAAGGCGGACGUGGAGUCUCUGAAGAAGAUCACACCUCAGACUCUGCACAAGCUGGUGGCCAUGGACCAGGUGGGGGAGCACCAGGUGGGGGAGCACCAGGUGGGGGAGCACCAGGUGGGGGAGCACCAGGUGGGGGAGCACCAGGUGGGGGAGCACCAGGUGGGAGAGCACCAGGUGGGGGAGCACCAGGUGGGGGAGCACCAGGUGGGGGAGGAGCGGGCGGGACCGUGCGAGGCACACCUGCAGUCGCCGUCUUCCUCCAGAGGUCGAACUACUGACGAGUUCUCGGAGGACGACGAGGAGAUCGAAGUGGAUGAUUGA